GUCCCCAUCUUCUUCCCUGACAGGUCACGUCAAACUCAAACACCCGUCAACCGGGAAUCCAAAUCGCCAUCGUCAAAUCUGCUGGGCAAAAACUUCUCUGCUCCGCUCAAUCCAACCGGGCUGAGGCCGACUCCCACCUCCCGGCAGCCGGCCUCUCCUCCAUCGAAGCUCUCCUUCAACUCUCGUGCCGCAACCCGUCAUCGUCCUUUCACAGAGAACGGGGAGAAGGGAAUUUUUUAUUAGAUCGACCGCAAGAUCGCCAUGAGCAGCAGCGCCGGCGGCAGAGACGAUCCCGAGGAUGGGAGGGACCUCCGGAAGCCGUUCCUGCAAACCGGGAGCUGGUACAAGAUGGGCUCCAGGCAGUCCAGCAGCCUCCUCGGCUCCACCACCCAGAUCUUGGACGGCGGCGUCUCUGUCCUUCUCUGCGUCCUUAUUGUCUCCCUCUGCCCUAUCCAGUUCGGGUUCACCUGUGGAUACUCUUCUCCCACGGAGCAGUCGAUCAUCAGCGAUCUCGGCCUCACACUGUCUCAGUACUCCAUUUUUGGGUCGCUGGCGAACGUGGGAGCUAUGGUUGGCGCCAUAACCAGUGGUCAGAUGUCAGAGUACAUUGGCCGCAAAGGGUCUCUGAUGAUUGCUGCAGUUCCUAAUGUCAUAGGUUGGCUUGCUAUAUCAUUUGCGAAAGAUACCUCAUUCUUGUACAUGGGAAGGUUGUUGGAGGGAUUUGGUGUUGGAGUAAUUUCAUAUACGGUUCCUGUUUAUAUUGCCGAGAUAGCGCCUCAAGACAAGAGAGGAAGUCUAGGAUCUGUAAAUCAGCUUUCUAUUACAAUUGGAAUUAUGUUAGCAUACUUGCUUGGGAUGUUUGUCAGUUGGAGAGUGCUUGCAAUAUUAGGUGCUCUGCCAUGUCUAAUUGUGAUUCCUGGCCUAUUUUUCAUACCGGAGUCUCCUCGUUGGCUGGCCAAAAUGGGGAUGACAGAGGAGUUUGAAAUGUCUUUGCAAGUCCUAAGGGGUUUUGAUACAGAUAUUUCUGUUGAAGCAAAUGACAUCAAGAGAGCUGUUGCUUCAUCCUGCAAGAAAACCACAGUAAGAUUCGCGGAUCUCAAGCGAAAACGAUAUUGGUUUCCUCUAAUGUUGGGUAUUGGUCUGCUACUGCUGCAGCAGCUCAGUGGCAUCAAUGGUGUUUUAUUCUAUUCAACUACGAUAUUUGAAAGUGCUGGAGUUUCAUCAAGUAACUUCGCAACAUUUUGUCUCGGUGCUAUUCAGGUUAUUGCCACGGGAGUUAACCUUUGGCUGAUGGAUAGAGUGGGGCGCAGACUGCUUCUAAUAGUUUCAUCUUCUGCAAUGACUGUUAGCCUUGCAGUCGUUGCCAUUGCGUUCUAUAUAGAGGGUUCUGUAUCAGCAGACUCUAACUUAUAUGCCGAUAUGGGGAUACUUUCGCUGAUUGGGGUUGUGGCUUUUGUUAUUUCCUUCUCUCUGGGAAUGGGAGCAAUUCCCUGGCUUAUAAUGGCAGAGAUUCUUCCGGUGAGUAUUAAAGGUCUUGCUGGUAGUGUGGCGGUAUUGACGAAUUGGCUAACAUCCUUUGCCAUCACAAUGAGUGCGAACUUGCUUUUGGAUUGGAGCCCUGGAGGUACCUUCACGAUGUAUGCAGCUGUGGCUGCUUUUACGGUUGCUUUCGUGACACUCUGGGUCCCUGAGACCAAAGGAAGAACUCUGGAAGAGAUUCAAUCAUCAUUCAGAUGAUCCCAUAUAUCAACCCGCCUAUUUUUUUGUGACAAAAGUCAAUCUGUAUCUGCUCUGAGCUUCCAUCAGCGACCUUUCUUUUAAUCUCAAUUUUUUUUAGCAUCUUUCUUGUACUUAAAAACGUGUACAGUGAGAGAAUCACUACCAAUUUUUCGUCUCUCUGCAUGUGUGAAUGGACUUUCCGAAUUGUUACCGAAAUCAGAUUGUUUUGAAAAGCAAA